AAUUAUCGGUCAGUCUAGCAUUCCACUGGCUGUGGGUGUUUCUAAAGAAGUAUGAAAUGGAGUCACUGCUUUCCCUGGUGAGAUUUCCCCCUUUUCCUCCAGUCAAACCCAGCACAACCAACUUCUUGCGUUACAAGAUCAGGAUUCCAAACCUUUUAAAGUUUCUUCACCCGUGGACUAUAUUGACCAAUCCCCCCAGACGUUACAUCACAAUCGAUUUUGAGUUCAAAAAUAGAAAAUUCUAUGUAAUACGCAAUUAUGUAAAAUAAUUUUAAGCUAUGAGAUAGCCAAAAAAACCGACAUAGGUAAAGAGGCACACUUGAUCGUUUUUAUGGAAAGACGACGACCACAGAUCCGACUUUCUCGGCAUAAACUCGGAGGGAACAAAACAUUUGGGCAUGAGUAGGUUGGUGGUUGCCGGCUAUCCUGAUUGUUGAUUUCGCUCCUAAACAAUCUCACGUUCCUCAGUUACAUUUCUUUGGCAGAAGAAGAAAUGGAUGAAGAGAGUGAAUUGUAUUUUGAGUUGAAUACCGGAGCUAAGAUGCCGUCCAUCGGUCUCGGAACCUGGAAAGCCCCUCCCGGCGUGGUCGGUGAAGCUGUCAUCGCUGCCGUUAAGGCUGGUUACAGACAUAUCGACUGUGCUCGAGUAUAUGAUAAUGAAAAAGAGAUAGGGGCAGCACUGAAGGAAGUAUUUUCCAAUGGAGUGGUGAAGCGCAAUGAAAUUUGGAUCACAUCUAAGCUAUGGUGCAGUGACCAUGCACCAGAAGAUGUCUCCAGGGCAUUGAGCAAGAGUUUAGAAGACCUGCAACUUGACUAUAUUGACCUAUAUCUUAUACACUGGCCAUUUCGGACACAGCCUGGCUCUCGUGGGUGGGACCCUGAUGUCAUGGCUCCAUUAUGCCUCUCAGAAACAUGGACUGCAAUGGAGGGCUUGUAUGCAUCAGGCCAGGCACGUGCAAUUGGGGUAAGCAACUUCUCAACAAAGAAGCUGCAGGACCUGCUCAUAUAUUCAAAAGUCCCACCUGCUGUCGUUCAGGUGGAAUGCCACCCCGUUUGGCAGCAAACUGCACUUCACAACUUGUGCAAAUCAACCGGUGUUCACCUCUCGGCGUACUCUCCUCUUGGAUCCCCAGGGUCUUGGGUAAAAGGGGAAAUCUUGAAGGAACCAAAAUUGCUGGAGGUUGCUGAGAAGCUGAACAAGUCACCUGCACAAGUAGCUCUCAGAUGGGGUAUUCAGAGCGGUCACAGUGUCCUUCCCAAGAGUGUACAUGAGUCUAGGAUUAAGGAGAACUUCAGUUUAUUUGACUGGUCCAUCCCUCCAGAACUCUUCUCAAAAUUUUCUGCUAUCCACCAGCAAAGGCUUCUUCGUGGGGAUUCUGCAGUCCAUGAAAGCUGUAGCCCUUACAAAAGCCUGGAAGAACUGUGGGAUGGAGAAAUAUGAGAUGAUAGAAGAUUCUCAAAUCUUAUUUUGAUCUAACAGAAAACUCAGGAUUUUUUGUUUAUGAAAGUCUCGUUUAAGAAGCAAUUGGACAUCAUAUAAACUAGUACCCAGAUCUCUCUCAAACAAAACAUGGAAGUUAAGCUUUUGGAGCUACAGUUGCAAGUUAUUGGUAUAAAAACGUUUUGCAGAAACUUGAUUAUGGCAGCCCAGCCUGGCCAUACAAUAAAAAAACCACUUGAGCAUGAUCCUACACGCGUCCCUGCCAGCGUACUUUGGAACACCAAGGCAGACUUAAGCUGAAGCAUCAAACAUGGAGCCGACCUGCGACUUUCCAUAUUUUUCAUCUACCUUUCAGUCUACAUCGCUCAUUCUUGAGGAGCGAUUGGAGUGUGAUCCCUCCAACCCUUUGGUCCAUGGUUCAGCCAAAUUACCUUGAAUUCCAGAUGUGUAAGCGGCAAUUUGGGUUGUUUUUGGUUCGUGUUGAAUUGGAGAAUGUUUUGGUAAUUCAACCAAUUGGUGGACAUUACAUUAACCUUUUGCAGACUAGAUCUGCGAAGUGGAACGGUUUAGAUUAGAUUUCACCAAUAAAUUCCCAGAAGCUCUGGAUUCUAAA